ACUGCAUGGAAAGUGUCGAAGUGUGGAUAUAAUCGUUGGGCGCUAAAAAUAAAUCAUCAUACUUAUGUUUGUAUAUAUAAGUAGCCAUACAUUCUAAACUGAAACAGCAUUUAAAAAUAUUUAAGAAAGUAUAGAAAAUGUCCAACUCGCCACCCGAAUCGGUUUCGCCCACCUAUUGUGCCGUAUGCCAAACACCUGCGAAGCUUUACUGCUCAGCAUGCAAGCUGGUCAAAUAUUGCGGCGCCGAGCACCAAAAGCACCACUGGAAGCAGCACAAAACCGAAUGCAGACCUUUUCGCGUUGCCAAGGACAAGGCUUUAGGCCGUUACCUUAAGGCCACGCGCACUAUUAAAGCUGGUAGUGUGGUCUUCACUGAAAUGCCGAUUAUUGUCGGCCCAAAGUGGUACCUAAAUGAGCGCGAGGAAAAAGUCCCUGUUAUGCCUUGUGUUGGAUGUUUUACACCUUGUCGCAUGGGUGUACAUCAUUGUCCGAAAUGUCGUUGGCCAACUUGUUCACCAAAUUGCGGUGGCCUAGACAACCCCAGUUUGCAUGGUCUCGAAUGUACUGUACUUAUGUUAGGACCUGGUCCUGCUGAUUCAGAUCCCCGCUCUCUCAUAGACUAUUACCGUUCGGAUGCCUUAGUUGUCUUAAAGUGUCUGUUAUUGCAGCGUCAAAAUCCGAAAAAAUGGCUCGAACUGAUGGAUAUGCAAAGUCAUGAAGAGGAGCGUAUUGGUUCUGAGUUACAUAACGAUGCCGAAAAGCGAAUUGUAUCUUAUCUAGAGCGGAACUUCCUGCAACGUCUGAAAACCGUCGAACAAAAGCAAAAACAGAAAUAUCUGCAAGAGUAUGACACACCAGUCCUGCAUCGCAUUUGUGGUAUCAUCGAGACGAACUAUAUGUGUAUUAACCUGCCGUCUGGCGUUGAACUCAGUGGUGUAUACUAUACCGCUUGCAUGAUGGAGCACGCCUGUCAGCCCAACAGCUAUUUCCAAUUCGAUCAACGUAACGGCUUCAAAAUCUCAGUGAUAGCCGGCAGGGAUAUCGGACGCGAUGAACAUCUGGUCAUCAUGUACUCGAAUAUGCUAUGGGGCACCCAAAUGCGUCAAGAGCACUUGGCCCUGACGAAACAUUUCCUCUGUAAAUGCGCGCGCUGUCUCGAUCCCACUGAAUUUGGCACACAUUUCAGUUCAAUGCUAUGCAUGGGCGAUGAGGGCGGAUCUUGCGAUGGUAUACACUUGCCAAAAGACCCGCUCGAUGUCAAAAGCGACUGGGCGUGCACCAAAUGCCCCAUCACGAUUAGUGGCGAUGAGGUGCGCUACAUUCUCACACAAAUGACUGAAGAAGUGGAAAGUCUACUGACACGCAAACCCACUGUUAAAAAACUGGAAGGGCUAAUCGAAAAAUUAACCAAGUUUUUGCAUCCACAUCAUUAUCAUUUAUUCAAUUUGAAGCAUACUCUUAUACAGUUGUACGGCACCGAAACGAACUACUUGUUAAAACAUUUGGAUGACGCACUAUUAAAUAGGAAAAUGUAUUUGUGCGAAGAGCUCUACGGCACGUGUCAGAAACUGGAUCCAAACACUAUACGUUUAUCUAUUUACGUUGGUAUUAUAUUAUAUGAAAUGCAUGCGGUGCUAACCGAACGAGCCAAACGUCUGCUUACCAAUCCGAAAAGGUCGAAAGGGGAAACUAUAGAGGCAUUGAGUUAUUUGGAACUAGCACGUGAACAACUGCUGAAAGCUGCCAAAAUUUUGGAGAAGGAAUUGGACAAUGUAGCUGGGAGCAAGUUAAGCGAUGCGGUAUUGAAAUCGCUAAACGAGCUGGAUAACUUAGUCAAGAAAAGUGAUCAGUAAAAAGUUUGUAUUAAUUUUUGAUAUAUUUAACUUUCAGUUGGGCUCGCCGCCAAAUUAAAUGAAGUUGAAAACAA